CUCGUUCGUUCGCUCCAUCGUCCUUUGGGCCCCAAGUCGCCUCAUCCGUUGUUUCCCAAGCCCCGUCUUUAGCUGCUCCCCGUUCACAGGUUCAUCAACAAAAAUGCGUUCCCUCACCAUCCUCUGCCUCCUCGGCGCCACCCAGACUGCCUACGGCAUCGGUAUCGAUCUCAGCCAGAUCUACAAGAACGGCUUCAGGGUGUUUGCUGCCGAUGCCAACCCCACAAGCAGCGCCGUGUCCCCUGUUACCACCUCGGCUGCCCCCGCUCCUGCGUCCACUGGCCGCCCUGCUCUGCAGCUCCCUCCCCCGAUGCCCAAGAAGUGGCCCUCGGUUGACCAGACCAACUUCAUCACCGGUGAUCUCCUCAAGGAUCCCCUCGUGCAAGAUGCCCUCGCCUAUGUCCAAUCUGUCGUUCCCGCCUCGCUGUUGAGCAUUGCACCUUCGACCUACGUCAGUGGAUCGACUGUCAAGUACACUGCUGAUGCCAACGCCAAUUGCUACUGGCCCAGCAACCUCUGCGUUCGCGCUGCCGCUGGAAACGGCUAUCAGGCCGAUGUCUACACCUGCCCUCAGCCCGGCACCUGGGGAAUCUCCUUUGACGACGGACCCACUGUCGAUCCCGUCACCCACGACGACUCGGCCGCCAUCCGUGCCCAGCUCGACAAGAUGAACAUCAAGGGAACCUUCUUUGUGGUUGGAUCGAACGUCAUCCAGAACCCCCAGAUUGUCCUGGACGAGUACAACGACGGCCACCAGAUCGGCGUCCACACCUGGACACACCAUCCCCUUACCUCGUGCACCAACGAGCAGAUCGUCGCCGAGCUCAAGUAUGCCGAGGCCAUCGUCUACAACGCCACCGGACAGAUCCCUUACUUCUUCCGUCCUCCCUAUGGCGACAUUGACGACCGAGUGCGUGCCAUUGCAAACGCUCUUGGCUACAGCGUCACCAUCUGGGACAAGGAUGAUCUUGCCGCCGAUCAAACCACUACCUCUGUCUCCGUCGCCAACAAGCUCAUCAACACUGCCACCUCGACCUGGUUCACCAACUACACGGCCGGUUUCAUUUCCCUCAGCCACGACAUCGACCCCUUCACCAGCGGCGUCAUCCUCAGUAUUCUCCAGUAUGUCGACGCCAACCGUGCCACCAUCAAGCUGAACAUUGAACCCGUUGGCACCUGCGUGAACAAGCCUUGGUUCCGCCCUCUCAAGAACGCUACCGCGACUACGACUACCUCUGCUUCGGCUUCGUCGACCGCCGCUGCCUCCGCUUCUUCCUCUCCCUCUCCCACUAAUGGCUCCAACCUUGUCUCUGGCUCCGCCUCGACCUUCAAGGGUCUUGGUCUCCAGCUCGUCUCGGCUGCCGCUGCUCUGGCUUUUGGUGUCGCUAUGAACUUCUAGACUCAUUACCCCGACAAAUCCCCCCUACCUUCUAAUGUGCACUCAUCGUUCAUCCAUCGUAUUUAUUCCUACCCAGCUAUAAAACAAGUUGUGGUACUCCGCUUUUUAUUUUUCUCGUCCCCUCACCCCAAUUUUCUUCACACCGACCUAACUUGAUUUGUGCAUGACAAAUAAGACUCUAUUCUGGACAAUGAAUAAACGCAGCUUUGACUGCAGCAAUGCUUCACGACA